CCGUUCCUUCCAUUGUUGCUUUAAGAUUUUCUUUAACAACUGAUGAUUGAAACGUUUCCACCCUUGUGAAACAAGAUCGAUUAUCACGAAAAAGUACAACUUUUCCCACUUUACUCCAAACACUCACGUUCCACUUACCGAUUAAACCCUUUACAUUCCCCCUUUCAAAACCCAUUUCUUGAUGCCAUUUCUUUCGAUCAAACCCUUUUGUUUUCUUCAUACCCAUCUUAUCCGAUAUUACAGAAAUCAUACCCCACUCAAUUUCAAUUUCAAUCUCAAAUUCAACUUUACAACAGCUUCAUCGAUGGCCACAAUUGAAGAACAAGUUUCAAAGCGUUUAUGGGUGAGGUCCCAAUCGGAAUCGAUUGGUUCUCUCUACACCCCAUUUGUAGUUUCUUUAGCAUCUGGGAAUCUAAAGGUUGAAACUUUUCGACAUUACAUUGCUCAAGAUGUUCAUUUUCUUAAAUGUUUUGCCCAAGCAUAUGAAUUGGCUGAGGAGUGUGCAGAUGAUGAUGAUGCUAAAGUUUCUAUCAGUGAGUUAAGACAGAGUGUUCUUCAAGAGCUGGAAAUGCAUGGCUCUUUUUGCCUAGAAUGGGGCUUUGACGCUUCCAAAGCAACUCUACCAAACUCCGCAACAAUAAAGUACACUGACUUCUUGCUCGCAACAGCUUCUGGGAAGAUUGAUGGCUUAAAAAGCCCUGAAACCGUCACAACUCCAUAUGAAAAAACAAAAGUUGCAGCAUAUACUAUCUGUGCAAUGGUCCCUUGCAUGAGGCUUUAUGCUUUUAUUGGUAAAAAGCUCGAGUCGCUGGUCGAUAUUAAUGGUAAUCAUCACCCAUACAAGAAAUGGAUCGAUAACUAUUCAUGUGACGCCUUUCAGGCGGCGGCGCUCCAAAGUGAGAACUUGCUUGACAAAUUAAGUGUCACUUUGACUGGUGUAGAGCUUGAUAUUUUGCAAAAACUUUAUCAGCAAGCAAUGAAACUCGAGAUGGAGUUCUUUUUAGCCCAACCUGUUGAUCAGCAGACCGUUGUUCCAUUAUCAAAGGAGCACAAUUGCGUUACGGUUUUCUCUGAUUUUGAUUUGACAUGCACAGUAGUUGAUUCAUGUACUGUUUUCGCUGAUAUUGCUAUGGCUACAUCACCAACUCCGGGUCAAGCCCAACCCGAAAUUCAAAGUCAAAUUACCAAGAUGCCCUUGACCGAAUUGAAAAACACAUGGGAAGCAUUAGUUAAGCAAUAUGCAGAAGAAUAUGAACAUUUAAUGGAAACUAUGUUGGUCAAUCAGAAAGGGGAGAAAUUUGACUACGAGGGUUUACGGAAAGCACUUGAACAACUAUCAGACUUUGAGAAAAGGGCAAAUACGAGAGUGACUGAAUCUAAGAUACUUAGAGGUUUAAAUCUUGAUGACAUAAAACACGCGGGUCAACAUCUUGUUCUUCAAGAUGGUUGCAUGGAUUUCUUUCAGAGUGUUAUGAAAGAUCAAAAUUUGAAUGCAAGUAUCCAUGUUGUGUCUUAUUGCUGGUGUGGUGAUCUUAUCAGGUCUACAUUUGAAUCAGGGGGUAUACACAAUCUGGAACUACAUGCAAAUGAGUUCAUCUAUGAAGGCCUUCUAUCGACUGGUGAAAUCAUGAAAAAAGUAGAGUCCCCUCUCGACAAGCUUCACGUCUUCAAUGACGUUUUGAAAGAACAUGAUCAAUGUGACCAAACAAAUAUAACGAUCUACAUUGGUGACUCGAUUGGCGACUUACUUUGCCUUGUAGAAGCAGACAUAGGCAUUGUGAUCGGCUCAAGCUCAAGUCUUAGAAAAGUCGGGGGCCAUUUUGGCGUUUCGUUCAUGCCUUUGUGGCUUGGAUUAGUCAUGAAACAAAGAGAGCAUGUAGAAGGAAGCGGUUUUAGUUGGAAUCGAAGAUCCGGAGUUGUAUAUACGGUUUCUAGCUGGGAUGAAAUACGUUGUCUGAUCGUUGGUUGUUGAAAAUUUAGUAGUGUAUGUUCUGUACAAAUAUAAACGGAACACUAAAUGAAGCUAAAAGGUUAAUUUAUGUUUGUAGGCUAGGAGAACAAAAAAUUUUAGUUUGAA